AUCAAUGCGUACGCGCCACUGGUCACGGGUUGCACGUAUGGGCUGCUGGCGCUGUUGCAUUUUGGCUUUGUCGCUGCGUCGUGUCGACGGUCGUCCUCUUCCAGUGGCAGCAGCUCGUCCAUGUUGUUCCGGCGCAUGUCGUCUAUAAUCCCCGAAUACCGUCCAACCACUACGUCCCAGGCGUCGCCUUGGUUGUCCAUCCUAACGCGAUGCCCUCGUGUGUCGGACGAUGCCAUCAUGUUGGGAUUGCUCACCGUCGAGUUGGUAUGCCAAAACUACAAGGCGUUUCAAGUGACUCGAUACGCCAUCGACAAGUGGUUUGUGUUUGCGUACGUGUCGUGUGUCGUGCUCAACUGCGUCGUGUCCCCGUGGUUCCUGCUCGGUCGGCGCCACUCGUCCGCCAAGAAGCGCGUGUUCUUGAGCUGGUUCAACAGCGUGAUAGGGUUUUGCCUCUCCUGCGUGCUGCCCAUCGUAGGCAUCCUCCCCCCCGUGCUAGAAUUCUUGCUCGUGGACUGGACGCUGUCGAGCGAUUACCUCUGGUACACCCGCGUGCUUUUGCUAUCGCGCAUCAUCGUGGCCUCGUCGCCCACGGACUAUGUCGUCAAGUUCGUCAUGGACGUCAACACGCUCGUGUCGCUGCGGCGGCUCACGGGGGCGAUGUCCCGCCGUGAAGAUACCGCGCCGUCGCCGCCGCGAAAGACUGUGGCCAGGUCAGCGUUAUGGUCUAAACACUCCACUGGACGAGAGACUACUCUUGCGAAAAACGCCACCAGGGUGCCCCACGUCCGGCGGUCGCCCCUCGUCGUCGUGUACGUCUCGUGCAGUGUCACAUGGGGCGUGACCUUGUGGGGUCUGUGCAUCCAAGCACUGUUUUUCCGGCAACCGUGCCCGCCCACCUGCCAGGCUGCUACGACGCCGUUGGUGGACAUGACUUGUCACUGCAAGUACCUUCACAUCAACUGCCACUCAUUGCACAACGAAAGCUUGGACGUGGACACGCAACUCGACCCUCAGGACGUCGGGUCGACGCUGUUUGUGCUCCAAGUGAGCCGUUGUGACGUUCGGCGCGGCAUCCCGAGCGCCACACUGGCGCACCAGCAGUCACUGGGGGCGAUGAUCUUCCAAUUCACGAAAAUGCGGGCAUGGGAAGGCACGUUGCCGGCGACCAUCAUGUCGUUGCAGCUGCGUCAAUGCGACUUUGAUGCCAUGCCGGCCAUUUUGCAAACCAAGUUGCCCCCGUUACUGACAAACUUGUUGGUGGAAUCCACUCCACUGUCGACGUUACCGUCCAAUUUGGACGACAUUUGGCAACCGCUGACCAACGUAUUCUUCUUCAACACGUCGCUCACGACCAUUCCGGACGCCAUCACGAAGCUCUCGAGCUUGCAAACGCUGUACGUGACCAACAAUCGCCUGACCGACCUCGCCACGACGUGGCAGACCCAACUGAACGGCAUGUCUCAAUUCAACCGCCUCGACGUUGGUGGAAACUUCCUUACGCAAGUGCCUGCGACCCUUCGACCUGACAUUGUGUUGGACUUGUCAUGCAAUCCAAUUGCGGCGCUCCCGUCAGGCUUUGACAUGGCUCGAUUGACAUCCAAAAUGGUUGCCAUGGGCGAGACCACGUAUUGCAACUCGACUACAAGCGUCAUGGCGGGCUGUGAGCCUGCCACGUGUGCGACGGGGUGCGUGCUUUGGGCUGUCGGCGACCGACUGUGCGACCUCGCGUGCUUCAAUGCUGCGUGCGAGUACGACCGAGGGGACUGCCACGCGUACGGCCUGUAGCUCGUCGGCUUCACCGUCAUGAUAUAUUUAUCGCUUAAUGUGGAGAUAGUAACCAGGAACGGAAUUUCUUUACUUUUGACACUCCUAAAGCCAUUCGAAGUGGGCUCGUAGUGUCAAUGUACAAUAAAGUACUACAGCCAUCGUCACAGUUGUUGAUCUUUCUACACGUCAAAUUCUUCGUUGUCGCUGGUCACUUGUUUGGACACUUGCUCGGCCACGACGUGCCAGUCGAACACCCACACUAAGGCCACGGCCAUGAUGACCAAUUUCACGCUUUCGCCAAUGACACUGCCAAUGUACAGCCCCCCAAACCCCCAGCUGGUCGCAAACGCAAGUUCGUACGCCACGGGGAGGAGCACGAGCCACGAGCCAACGGACGAAGCGAGGACGAGGGUACCGGCCAACGACAUGGCUUCUAGCAUGGCCGACAAAGUGAUGUGCACUCCAGAGAGACACGCGGCGAGGCAAAACAGCCCCAAGACAGGACGAAUCACGUCCUGCAGAUCCACGUCGGCCGUGUAUAAGGCCAACAUCUCAUCUCGACCGACGUACAUGGCCACGCUGAGGAAGCCCGCAGCGAAUGAACCCAUCGCACACCCAACAACAGCAGAUUGCUUGGCCUUUGCAGGAUCGUUAGCCCCGAGAGCAUGUGAGACUCGCACUUGAAUCGGAGUGCUGAAUCCAAUGUACACGCCGUACGCCAACGUCCAGAUCGUGAACAGGAUGUUGUACGCGGCCACAUUCAAACUGCCAAUGCGAGCUACAUACAUUGUGGUGGUCGCAUGGUUCAGUAGUAGUAGAAUUUUUUUACCAGCCAUGAUCGCCAACACGUUGUACACCCAUUCAUCCAAGGCCAAAUACACCAAAAACGUGCCUGUGAGGGUCAAGUAUUGGCGCAAGCGGGCCGCGUUCAAGCAAUUCUUGGCCUUCCAGCCAAACCACGUUUCUACACAUAACGAGCGUUCAGGACUCGGUGGGUAACGGAUCGUCCCUCGAUAGACGCAC